UACCUUCGAACAUAAUCACAAUGGUGUGAACCCUGAUGACGAGAGGCUCAGAAAUCACAGGUUGUGUCGACUCCGAACACCACUUAUCAUGCGCGACUGUGCCGCAUUCAUGACUCAUGUCAUCCCUCACAUAUGCUUCUUCAAGCUCACAGCAAACAUCGUCCUGCAGCGCACCUCGAGGAAAUGCCUUUCACGUUAUUUGAUUUGCCACACACGGCUUGGGAUCGAGUAGUCUUCUUCCUCUCAGACGACGUAGACACACUAUUACGGCUGUCAUCUAUGAGCACAGACAUACAGGACUUGUGCCGUCCCCGUAUCUCCGCCCACUUUCGAAGGGCCGUCCGCAGCACAUUCUCUCAGCACAAAUGGCUGAAGUAUGACAAGCAAAAUCAAAGAUGGGCCAAUCACUCUUUGGUUCACAUGAUACUCAACGGUGAUAUCGAUCCGAAGCAGGUACUGGAAUUUCAAUCUUGUGAGCAACAUGUCGACUACAAUGCGGGCGAGAUCAAAUGGACGGUCUACUACGACGCAGGUGAGCCGAAAUGGAAAGGAGAGAUUAAACGCUACUACAAUCGAUUUACACCGACUUCCACUACUCGACCAGGUCUCCCACGUCCAGGUUUCGAAAAUCCGACCCCGGAUCAAAUAGUUGCCUACGACAGUCUUGUUUUGUCGGCGAUAGCGUCUUCUCGCUGGAUCUUGCCAGAGAAUCGAGAUGAGGUCUUUGAACGGUUCCGAACAGGCGACCAAGAUGCUGCAGGCUUGAUUCUCUUGCCCUUACUGAUUAGGUUGAAGGCUGUAGAGCCACCGAUCGAGGGUGGUCUUUGCGCUGGGCUUUUUCGCCAGGUCGCUUUGGAAACUCGCCGUUCGAAUGUCAGAGCACAUUUCUCCCGGGAGGGAGAGAGCCUCCACAUCGCAGACCGGCAAGAGAUGCAUAACAGAGACGAUCUUCCAUUCUCGGAUCUUGCAGUGUUCUAUCUGGAGUCUGACUACAGCUGCAGUGAAAUCGCCGAGAAUUUCCGGCUAGAUAAGAUCUUGCCUUUUCUAAGCAUACCAUCCCUCCGGAGAAUUGUCCUCCAUGGGAUGCGUGACUGGAACGCUGACGGCUGGCCUAUUGGUCUCCCUCCCAUCAGCUGUAGUCAGAUCUACUUCGCGCAGUCAUCACUCCAUCAAGAUAUUGCUCUCGAGUUCGCGAAGUACAUGUCUGGGCCUUCCACGCUUAUACAGUGGUAUGAGCUAGACAACUGGAAUAGUGUCCCCUCGGAAAGACGCAUGGGCUGGUUCCCGAACUGGGACCAUCUUCAUGUUGAUAUAACGGCAACAGGUGAGCGACGCGUGUGGACAUCCCUCCAAUAUAAUGGAGGUGUGCACCGAGGAGAUGAGUUGCCUUGGGUCAGCUGGCUCUGGCAUGGUAAAAUGCAGGACUGGGAAAUGCUAGAUGAGCCCUUUCGUACUCACGAGGGCGAUGAAGACGUUUUCGAGCUCACGGGAGCUAUGUACGGUUGCUGAGCGAGUCUAGGCCUUUCAUCGAACAGGCUCCCACAAACGUGUCAGAUAAUACGUAUUCGUGAUAAAUCACGAUCUGAAGUAGAACGUCAUCCUGAUUGUGAUCAAGCGCGC